AUGUGUGGAGGAGUGUUCAUAAGAGUAAGGAAAGAAUAAGAACCCUUUGCAAAGCAUGCAUUAGAAGAAAUCCCACUUCUAAUUAUUCAAGCAAUGCUUUUACUACGGACAUACACCGCGUGAUUUAAAAAGCCUUGUUAUAUUUCUUUCACGCAUUUCAUCAAACACAUAACGUACGUACCCAAAACAUAGUCACAGUUUUCUCCAAUCACAUUAAUAGCUUCAAUUGAGAAACAAUGAAGUUAGAAAAAUUGGGAUUCUUCAUUGUUCUACUCUUGUUGAGUUCAUCUACUUCUUUAGCUUGGUUUGGUAGUAGCAAAAACAAAAUUUCAACUGCAAAUGGAAGAAACUCAAUUCUUCCAUAUGAACAAUCCUCUUCAUCAUCAUCAUCAUCGUCGUCGUUGUCGCCUUCAUUCUUAAACCGUUUUCGUUCUGGUUCAUCGGUCGUGUUCCCGGUUCAUGGAAAUGUUUACCCUGUUGGGUUUUAUAAUGUGACUCUCAGCAUUGGGCACCCACCAAGGCCAUAUUUUCUUGACAUUGACACGGGUAGUGACCUAACAUGGCUUCAAUGUGAUGCACCUUGCUCCCGUUGCUCUCAGACGCCCCAUCCGCUUUACCGGCCUAGCAAUGACUUGGUCCCCUGCAGACAUCCCAUGUGUGCAUCCGUGCAUCAGUCGGAUAACUAUGACUGUGAAGUCGAGCAUCAGUGUGAUUAUGAAGUCGAGUAUGCAGAUCAUUAUUCAUCCCUUGGUGUACUUGUUAAUGAUGUCUAUGUUCUCAACUUUACAAAUGGGGUCCAACUUAAAGUUCGUAUGGCACUUGGAUGUGGAUAUGAUCAGAUUUUUCCAGAUUCGUCCUACCACCCCGUAGAUGGAAUGCUUGGCCUUGGCAGGGGAAAAUCCAGCUUGAUAUCACAGUUGAAUAGUCAGGGUUUGGUGAGAAAUGUUGUUGGACAUUGUUUGAGUGCACAAGGAGGAGGAUACAUCUUCUUUGGAGAUGUUUAUGAUUCUUCUCGAUUGGCUUGGACUCCAAUGUCAUCAAGAGAUUCCAAACAUUACUCGGCAGGGGCAGCUGAACUCACUUUUGGAGGGAAGAGGACUGGGUUUGGAAACCUUCUUGCUGUUUUUGACACUGGGAGUUCUUACACUUACUUCAACUCUAACGCUUAUCAAGCACUAAUUUCUUGGUUGACGAAGGAAUUAGCUGGAAAGCCCAUAAAAGAAGCACCUGAAGACCAAACUCUCCCUCUGUGUUGGUAUGGAAAAAGACCUUUCAGAAGUGUAUAUGAAGUCAGAAAAUACUUCAAGCCUAUUGCGCUUGGUUUCCCGAGCAGUGGGAGAAUGAAAGCCCAAUUCGAAAUCCCUCCUGAAGCAUAUCUGAUUAUAUCGAACAUGGGAAAUGUUUGCUUGGGUAUUCUAAACGGCUCUGAAGUAGGAAUGGAGGGUCUGAACCUAAUCGGAGACAUAUCCAUGCUAGACAAAGUGAUGGUAUUUGACAAUGAGAAGCAGUUGAUUGGUUGGGCUCCGACAGAUUGUAACCGAGUUCCAAAGUCCAGAGAUGUCAGCAUUUGAUUACAAAGGAUACCCGGCCACUCAAUUUAUAUCUGUUAUCAUCAGAUAGUACCUUAUACCCUACUUUGUAGAACAAGAUAUAUGGUUGUAUCAAAUGAAUGUUAAUAUGCUUGUAAAGAUAUUCUUGUGCAUAGUAUAUUGGGAAGCGGUAUAGCGGUCUACACCGACUUUAUUGUUUGAAGUGUAAUUUGAAGUGGUCACAACUCACAAAGUGAUCAAUCAUAUCUCAUAUAACAUACCAUUUUAGAUUGAUGCUCGA